AUGAGAUACUCAAAAGCCAAUAUCGUUCUGCUAGUGCUGGCUUUGACUGCUAGUGCAGGCGAUGCUGCAGCAAACCGCAAGAACGUUCUAUUCUUUGCCAUCGACGAUCUUCGUCCUGAAUUAGGUUGUUACGGAUCCAAACAGGCCAUCUCUCCACACAUCGAUGCUCUGGCAAGCAAAUCGAUGCUUUUCGAACGAGCAUACUGCCAAGUCGCUGUUUGUUCACCAUCAAGAACGUCUCUUCUUACUGGUCAUCGGCCUGACACCAAUCAUGUGUGGCUUAUAAAUGCUCAAGAGUAUUGGAGACUGUUUACCAACGCUACUACAAUACCUCAAUACUUCAAAGAGAAUGGGUAUGUUUCGAUUGGAAUGGGCAAAGUGUUUCAUCCUGGAGCUGCUAACGGUAACGACGAUUCCAAAUAUUCUUGGAGUCCUGAGGGUUUGCCGUACUAUCACUCUCCAGUAGAAAAGAAGUACGGACCAGGCAACAAGACAAGUCUGUGGUGGGCAUUUGAUGGGUUUGAAGACAACCAAUUGCCAGAUGGGCAGAUAUGUGAUCAUGCCACUAGUGUAUUACAACAACUCAGAAAGAACAAAACGAAAGGAGACGACCGACCGUUCUUUCUUGCUGUUGGAUUUCACAAACCACACGUUCCACAGUAUGCUCCAAAGAAAUACUUCGACAUGUAUCCUCCUAUUGAUCAGAUUCUUCUGGCAGAAAAUCCUAAGAUUCCAGUUGGAAUGCCCGAUAUUGCUUAUGAGACGUGGAGCACUCCUCGUGAAUUUAACAACACAAAGAUGUAUUUUGAAGGAAAGAAUUGUACCAAGACACCACAGAAAGCGUACUCUGCAGAGUGUCAGUUUCCAGAUAAUGCCGCUCGGGAAUUCCGACGUGCCUAUUAUGCCUCAAUGACGUACACCGACUUCCAAGUGGGCAAAGUUAUGUCCGAAUUAGAAAAACAAGGAUUUGCAGAAGACACUAUAGUUGUGUUGUGGGGCGAUCAUGGAUGGCAACUGGGGGAACACAGCGAGUGGGCAAAGUUUACAAAUUUUGAAGAUGCAACGAGAGUUCCUUUCUUGCUUCAUGUUCCUGGAGUGACAGACAAAGGCUUGCAUUCGGCUUCUCUUGUGGAACUGAUAGACAUUUUUCCAACGUUAGUAGAUCUGACUGGCCUUCCUAUGCCACCAGUGUGCCCUGAGGGAAAAAAGCAACCAUUGACUUGUGUUGAGGGAUCCAGUGUAGUUCCUAUUCUAACAGACCCAACCGUUUCUGUAAAGAACGCCAGCUUUUCCCAGUAUGCACGUCCGAAUUCUGGAUUUUUUAAAUUACCUGGUCUCAAUCCCAAAAACGGCAGUGAGCAGGUGAUGGGCUACACCAUAAGAUCAGAUCAGUAUCGUUACACAGAAUGGGUGUAUUUUAAUCACACUACUGCAACUGCAUAUUGGGAUGAUCCUCGCGGUCUGAUGGGCGUUGAAUUGUAUGAUCACAGACAGCCCACGGUUAACUUCAACGAUGAGAACGUUAACAUGGCUCACGACGAUUCUAUGAAAUCGGUCAUGGAAGAGUUGUCUUAUGCAUUGAGAGCCGGUUGGAGAGCAGCAAAGGCAAUGAGGGAUUAGUGGAAGGUGCCAUGAGAUACGGAUAGCUUGUAUUGGUUUUGUGGGUGAUUGAUGUAAAUGUGAUUGUUAUGAUGUUUUUGUAUGUUUUGGGUUUGAGGGUUAUUCCUUUGUGAACAUUGUGGGCGCAAUGGUUAGAGGGGUGGGUCGGUGCUCGAUUUGUAAAGCUUGAAUGUUUGCUCAUGCUGAGAAAUUUAGCACAUUGUCUAUUCUUUAACCACCUUAGG